AUGAGGAGGCGGGCGGGGAAGAAAAAGUGGAAGACGGACCGCUCGGCGGCCGAGGACCCGGAGCUCUUCGCGGACCGCGUCAAGUUCGCGUUCGAGUCCCUCAGGCGUGCUCAGUCCCGUGCGCGGCUCAACUUCUUCAUCGACAACAUGCCCAUCGACGACAUCCAAUGCCUGGACGUCGAUCAGGUUUCGAGAAUCCUCGACUUGGCCAAGAACUCCACGCAACUGCGGGUUGCUGCCAUCGAGCCGGCGGCCAACGACCUUGUCCGGGAGGCCAACCUUGAUUUCGCCCGGACGAUGAACAAAAUCAUCUUCUUGCACCAACCAGCAGUGUCGGGGGAGCAGGAUCAGGACAGCGCUAAAGACGCCGUAAUGCUGAACGGCCAGCAGCCUUCGAGUGCUGGGGGCGGCUGGAGCAUGUUCAGCAACGUUUCGGUAGAUGAGCUAGAGGACGAAGAUGAGAACCCAUUCGGCAAGCCCGUGCCCUGGUACGCGUUGUGGCCGGUGCCCGAGUACAAUUUCACCCAGAAGUUCGCAGCUUUCUGUUUCGCAUCUUUGUACAUCAAGCCAGAGGUCGUUAGCACGCUGUGCGCCGUAGCCGAGGAAUGUCUUGGGCUGUUAGCCCAGUGCGUCUAUGCGACGAAGUUCCAGAAGGCGUUGAGGCUAGAUCAGUUCAAGCAAUUGGAGAAAUCCACCAUCACGCAGAUGUCGAACAAGGUGAAGGAGUCGUGGGUCGUCAGUCUGCAGAAGAUCAUACUCAAAAACUUCGAGAACGUCGGGAAGGGAUGGUUCUCCAUUCACGAGAGCAACCCAGACACGUAUCGCCAAGGCAAGAUGAAGAAGAUGCUCGCCGUCAUCCGCUUCAUGAUGCAGGACACGAUGCGGUAUUUCGCCCUCGACUCCAUCGCCCAGUUCUGCGAGGGGAUCGAGGCCUACUGCCCGGAGGCCGUGGAGGUGAUAGGCCUGCACGGCGUCACCAGCACGUUCGGCCCGUCGCCUUCGGGCGGGGAGGCGGCCAUGGCGGCCCCGAGGCUGCUCCACCAGGCGGCGGUGUCGGUGGGCGAGGUGCGGGGCGCCCAGCAGAGGUUGGGCGGCGGUGGCGCCGAGGGCGCGGAGGUCGGGCGGGAGCCGUGCGAGGGCCUGUUCAGCGUGGAGCUCCGCGCGUCCGAGG